AUGAAUGUACCCGGGAAACAGCAACCGGAGCUGAUCGAGCGACCCGCCAGUCUUUUGGUUCCAACUUCGACAAAAUCUGGAAUUGCUUUGCUGUGCAAUGAGGAGACCAAUAAUACCUAUGAUGUCUGCCUGAAACUGACCAAAGAGGUGUUAACCAUACAGAAGCUGGAUGUGGUUUGCAUAGGAGGAAGUGAAUCCCAAGUAAAUCACAGAACUGUUGUACUCCGAAGACAGGCGACUGGCGGUCUGGGCUUAAGCAUCAAAGGAGGUGCAGAGCACAAUGUGCCUGUGGUUAUUUCAAAGAUUUUUAAAGAUCAAGUAGCUGAUCAGACGGGGAAGCUAUUCGUUGGGGAUGCUGUGUUGCAGGUCAAUGGCAUAAAUGUAGAGCAUUGUACUCAUGAGGAAGUUGUUCACCUCUUGCGUACAGCAGGAGAUGAGGUCACCAUCACUGUUCGCUACCUGCGAGAAGUUCCAUCGUUUUUAAAACUGCCUCUAGGUUCCCCUGGGCCGUCCACUGAUCACAGUCGAGUAUCCUCUCCACUCUUUGACAGUGGCUUACACUUAAAUGGAAAUGGAAAUGGAAACAACACAGCUCCAUCACCCCCUUCGCCCUCAGCUAAUGAACCAAAGUAUGAGAAACGCUGGCUGGAUGCUGUCUCCCUGCCCUUGUUGAUGGCCAGAGUCUCCAGAUACAAAGCUGGCACAGAUAAAUUAAGGUCCAACUGUUUUGAAGUCUUUGCCUUGGAUGGAGCCAGCACCAAUAUUCUUCAAUUUUGCACUGCAGCAGAAAGCACAGACUGGCUCCAAGCAAUAUCUACAAAUAUCAAUGACUUGACACUGGAGAAUAUAAAGAUAGUCAAUAAGUACUGCUCUUCGGAUGAUCAGAUUGUUCACAUGGGCUGGGCAAGUGAAAGCACUGAGGGCAACGCUGCUGGUCGAACUUCAGCAUUCAAGUUUCUGGCACUGAGAGGACCAUAUUUUUAUAUCUUCAGAAGUCCCCCGAUCAGUGCCGCUGACUGGGGACAAGCUGAAACAACAUAUAACCUCUAUGAGGUUCUUUUCAAGGUUCACAAGCUGUGGAUGGCCGAGGACUGCUGGCUCCAGGCAAGGCUCUACUUAGGGCUGGAGCAUUCACCUGAGCAGCAGGACAAUGACUCUCUGUGCUUCAGUAUUCUGGUCGGCCACGGCCAGAGCCAUACCUUCAGGGUAGAGCUGGCCACUGACCUGGCUAUCUGGGAGAAGUCCUUCCAAAGAGCUGUUUUCUUGGAAGUGCAGCGAAUACGAUCUAAAAGCUACAUGUGCAGCAGCCAGGGGAAUGUACUGUGCUUCACCAUAGAUUUUGGAUCAGGCUUCACUUGCUCAGAAGGCACCUCAAAGACGGUACUGUGGCGAUACAAGUUCUCUCAACUUAAAGGCUCCUCUGAUGAUGGGAAAACCAGGGUAAAACUUCUUUUCAAGAACGCUGAAAGCAAGCAAAUAGAAAUGAAGGAGCUGGAGUUUGCUAAUCUAACUGCGGUCCUCCACUGUAUACAUUCUUUUAUCGCUGCCAAAGUGGCCUCCAUGGACCCUCUCUUUAUGUGCAGUCAAAGCUUCCCUGGAAAUUACAUGAACAGUUAA